UCAGGCACGCAGGUGAAGCGGACAGGGCGGCUUCCGGGUUUGGCGGGGCCUUUGUCUCUCGCUGUGGCCUGAGCUCCAGGUCUCGUCUUCAGCGCUCUGUGUCCUCUGCUCCUAGAGGUCCAGGCUCUGUGGCCCUGUGACCUGCAGGUAUUGGGAGAUCUACAGCUAAGACGCCAGGAACCCCUGGAAGCCUAGAAAUGGAGAACCUGAAGUCUGGAGUGUAUCCUCUCAAGGAAGCAAGUGGAUGCCCUGGGGCUGACAGGAAUCUUCUGGUGUACUCUUUUUAUGAAAAGGGGCCGUUGACAUUUAGGGAUGUGGCCAUAGAAUUCUCUCUGGAGGAGUGGCAAUGCCUGGACACUGCUCAGCAGGAUUUGUAUAGAAAAGUGAUGUUAGAGAACUACAGAAACCUGGUCUUCUUGGGUAUUGCUGUUUCUAAGCCAGACCUGAUCACCUGUCUAGAGCAAGGAAAAGAGCCCUGGAGUAUGAAGAGACAUGCAAUGGUAGAUGAACCCCCAGUUAUAUAUUCUCAUUUUGCCCAAGACCUUUGGCCAGAGCAGGGCAUAAAAGAUUCUUUCCAAGAAGUCAUAUUGAGAAGAUAUGGAAAAUGUGGACAUGAAGAUUUACAGUUAAGAACAGGCUGUAAAAGUGUGGAUGAGUGUAAUCUGCACAAAGAAUGUUAUGAUGAACUAAACCAGUGUUUGACAACUACCCAGAGUGAAAUAUUUCAAUAUGAUAAAUAUGUGAAUGUCUUUUAUAAAUUUUCAAAUCCAAAUAUACAAAAGAUAAGACAUACUGGAAAGAAGCCUUUCAAAUGUAAAAAAUGUGACAAAUCGUUUUGCAUGCUUUUACACCUAACUCAACAUAAAAGAAUUCAUAUUAGGGAAAAUUCUUACCAAUGUGAAGAAUGUGGUAAAGUCUUUAACUGGUUCUCAACCCUUACUAGACACAGAAGAAUUCAUACUGGAGAGAAACCCUACAAAUGUGAAGAAUGUGGCAAAGCUUUUAAGCAGUCCUCAACCCUUACUACACAUAAGAUAAUUCAUACUGGAGAGAAACCCUACAGAUGUGAAGAAUGUGGCAAAACCUUUAACCGGUCCUCACACCUUACUACACAUAAAAGAAUUCAUACUGGAGAGAAACCCUACAGAUGUGAAGAGUGUGGCAGAGCUUUUAACCGGUCCUCACACCUUACUACACAUAAGAUUAUUCAUACUGGAGAGAAACCCUACAAAUGUGAAGAAUGUGGCAAAGCUUUUAACCAAUCCUCAACCCUUACUACACAUAAGAUAACUCAUGCUGGAGAGAAACCUUACAAAUGUGAAGAAUGUGGCAAAGCUUUUUACCGAUUCUCAUACCUUACUAAACAUAAGAUAAUUCAUACUGGAGAGAAAUUCUACAAAUGUGAAGAAUGUGGCAAAGGCUUUAAUUGGUCCUCGACCCUUACUAAACAUAAAAGAAUUCAUACUGGAGAGAAACCCUACAAAUGUGAACAAUGUGGCAAGGCUUUUAAUGAGUCCUCCAACCUUACUGCACAUAAGAUAAUUCAUACUGGAGAGAAACCCUACAAAUGUGAAGAAUGUGGCAAAGCCUUUAACCGGUCCCCAAAACUUACUGCACAUAAGGUAAUUCAUUCUGGAGAGAAACCCUACAAAUGUGAAGAAUGUGGCAAAGCUUUUAACCAAUUCUCAAACCUUACUAAACAUAAGAUAACUCAUAUUGGAGAUACAUCUUACAAAUAUCUAGAAUGUGAUAAAGCCUUUAGCCAGUCUUCAACUCUUACUAAACAUAAGGUAAUUCAUACUGGAGAGAAACCCUACAACUGUGAAGAAUACGGCAAAGCUUUCAACCAGUCCUCAAACCUUAUUGAACAAAGUAAUUCAUACUGGAGAGAAACCCUACAAAUGUGAAGAUUGUGGCAAAGCCUCUAACCUGUCCUGAAUUCUUACUAAACAUAAGAACAUUCAUACUGAAGAGGAACCCUAUGAGUGUGAAGAAUAUGGCAAAGCCUUCAACAAGUCCUCAAUUCUUACCAGACAUAAGAUAAUUCUGGCUGGGUGCGGUGCCUCACACCUGUAAUCCCAGAACUCUGGGAGGCUGAGAUGGGUGAAUUACAUGAGGUUGGGAGUUCGAGACCAGUCUGACCAACAUGGUGAAAUCCUGUCUCUACUAAAAAUACAAAAUUAGCCAUGCGUAGUGGUGCAUGCCUGUAAUCCCACCUACUCGGGAGGCUGAGGCAGGAGAAUUGCUUGAACCCGCGAGGCAGAGGUUGAAGUGAGCUGAGAUCGCGCCAUUGCACUCCAGCCUGGGCAACAAGAGUGGCACUCCAUCUCAGAAAAAAAAAAAAAAAAAAAAGAUAA